AUGGAUGAAACACAAAGGGAUUUAUUCGAAUCGGUAGAAGAUUUACCAGAAUGGUUGCAUGUUGACUGGAUGUGUCAAAAUAGAUGUCCGGGACGUAUCAUCGAUGAUUGCACUUUGCCUUCCGUACAGUAUCCAUUACCGUCUUUCUUGAAACUUUCUACUUUUAGCUUCAAUGCGAAUAUGCUCUAUACAGACAGCGGCAUCAAAACGGUAUUUCGGUGCCUCCGGUUUUUGUAUCAGCAAAUCGCUUAUGACGCCGCCGAAAUAGCCAUCAUUGACUUGGAUCGUUCAUUCAAUUAUUUAACCGCUUUUGCACAGAACAUGGAAUUGGAUGGUGAUGCAGAAACGCUCAAUAGAAUCGCGCGAGAAUUCAAGCUUUUUCUUGUUCAAGCGGGGUCGUUGAGUCAUUAUAUUAUCAGCGAUGCUUUAUUUACCGCACGAAAUGUUGAAACGAAUUACAUUUUCCAUGCUCUAUUGAUGGCCUGGAUGAAAGCUGUCCGUAUUUCAUGUUUUUUCAAAAGGUUCGAUGGUUUCGAAAAACUUUAUCCUAUGGGUGAUGCAUUAUCUUCAACAGAACAGUUAUCAAUGCUUGUUUCAUAUGGAUUACUACUAUGUUCAUCGCGUACGGAUCGCUCUUGUGUAUGUCGAUGUGUCACUGCCGCAUGGCACCAACUUUAUGUAUUCAAUAAAGAAAUGUUCUGGUCAAAUAUGGUCAAGUUACUAGGUUUAUGCACCGGUGUUUUGCAUUACAAUCUUCCUGAAAGUCCCUCAAGUGAAAUGUUCUUGGAUUUAUGUGACGUUGAUAAUACAAUUUCGGCAAAAAUGUUUCUGGAAAUAAUUUGCGAACUUGGCACUAGCUUUGAAGGUCUUGGCAUCAUAACAGGCAAAGCUUCAAGCAGUUAUGUAGAAUGUUUGCAGCAAAUCGCUUCAAAAGUGCCAGAAAAACAGUAUGUUUUGAGGAAACUAUUUUUUUUGUUCGAUAAGGAUGAGGGUGAUAGCCUUAUAGGAACAGAAUCUAUUUUGCAAUAUUUUUUUACAUACUUAUGUUCAAACAUUAUGGAGCCUCUCGAUCGGGAGUUGGAUUUCUAUCCAACCAAUGGAAAAAUCUGGAAGGACUUCCUAUUUUCUUGUUGUAGUGGCAACACGGGUGAUCAAUGUAGCGACUGGAUGCUUUUUAUACGACUUAUGUCAAUGCUUAUCAAAAAAUCUGAGUCAGUUUGGCGAGCAAUGAAACCACGAAUUUUUUCUAAAUUCCCAGCGAAACGAUUUCGAGAAAUGCCAAUCCAUUCACUUAUUUGCGUAUUCAGCCUCUUUAUCUCAUCUUUACAUGAUGCAGAUAUGGAUGAUACAUCUAAUAAGGUGAUUUCAUUAGCGACAGCUGCGUUUGAUCCUUCCGAUAAAGAACGUCAUGAUGUCUUGAUUCGAGUAAUUCAGUGUACGAAGUAUAUUUUGGAUGAAAAUCAUCAUGAUUCUUCGCAAGCAAUCGCAACAUUAACAGCAUUGAUGGGAAGGCUUGAUGAAAAAAAAGAUGUUUCGCUGUAUACCGAAUGCUGCAUGUGUAUCGGUGAAAAAGUAUCCGAGAUCGGUUCUCUAAUUCGCUUUUUACCAUCCAUGAAUGAUAUGGAUUUGGAACAGCUGUUAGUGAUAACUACUCACUGUCGAACUGAAAACAGUGUUCUGUGGAAUGCAGCUAUCAAUCAUCUCAAAAGUCCCAAUUUCUGCAUGAUCAUAAAUUAUAUUGUUGAGCAAUUGGCAAUAAAAUUUGAACGCAAUCAAUCAGCUUUCCAAAACAUGCGUCAAGUGGUGCAAAAUCUACUGGCCGAAAAAAGUUACAAAUUAGAAAUUUGCUUAUACUUUUUGCGAAAAUUUUUGAGAAGAGCUAACGAUACGAUCUAUCCGGUUGAGUUUAUUGUUCCCAUAUGGUUAGUGGUCGCCUUCGAAAAACCGAACACAGAUGAACUCGAUGAUAUAUCUGAAAGUAUUCGGAAGAAUCUUCGAAUGUCAUUUCGAAAAAAUGGGUUGUAUUUUGAAGCUUUUCCUACAGAUUCAUCCUCAACAAUUUUCUCGAUAUGUUGGCUAUUUGAGACUGUAUCAAAAAAUGCUAAGAACUGCAAGAAAUGGGUUCACGAGAAUAUCAUGAAUUGGUCUGAACUGCUAGUAGCACCUCUAUAUCAUAUUUUAAUGAACGGUGAAGAAACAACAGUAAUGCACUGCUGCCGUAUCAUGUCUUAUUUAUAUAUGUAUGUUGCGCAACAAAUUUAUAAGCCGCCCUCGGAAUGUAAUUUUAAUCGGUCACCAUUUGUGCGAUUUUGCAAAGUUAUACUACAAAAUGUGUUCUUAGCGUACGAAUUUCCUGCGAUCUUUGUUCGUGAAGUAUUGCCUAACUACAUGGUUGGUAUGUUAUCAUUACCGGUACAUUCCGUGCCGUAUCUUCUGCGUGUUGUUUCGGAUGUACUUGAAAAACACUUGGAUGAUAAUAUCUUAAAAGACAUAUUCACAAAAAUGCUCAAGGAAAAACCGCAGUUAACCACGGCAUUAUAUGCUUCAUCGAAAGUGGGCACAAGAUUGUUCAAUUUCGUUUCACAAAUGAAAUAA